UGGGCGGAGAGAGAGAGACCAUCCUACAUUCACUGACUACACUGUUAAACUGAGGAGAGUGGAAGUGGAACCGAUCUGGGGGAAGAAAAAAGGGAAGAAGCAAGCAGUAGCGGAAACGUGGUCCAGAAGCAGCCAGUACAGAGCUUUGUAAAGCUUCUCCGCGCAUCUGUCUGCACUGGAGCAAGAUAUUAUUCAAGCCUGGGUUUUUGUUGUUGCGGGCGCGGUUUUAUUCCAAAGCGGAGCCUCUGCUCUCUGCGCGCGGGGGGGUUCAUUUCUCUUUCAGUCGGCACUGGAAAGCGGAAUGAAUGACCAAGACAAAGGUUGACGCCGCGUCCCCGACUCACUUCGUCUCGGCCAAGGAAAAGAGACUCAGGAGCAAAAUGGAAACGGAAAGCGGGUGUGAAACAGGCGACGGCGUACAAACACAGGCGGUAAGCCACGAGAAGAAGAAACCGCACCGCGCGCCGUCGCCCGCGAGACCCAAAGACGUCCCGGGAUGGUCCAUCACCAAGAUCCGGGGAGGGAUCGGCACACCGACCCUCAGUGUGAAACCGGGGGCGAUCCAUUUAGGGAGCCGUUUAUCCAGACGCAGCCCCGUUAGCGGGAAAGAAACAAAGGGUGAGAAGAUGGGGAAAUCACCAGGGAAAUCCACGCUGUCUGCAGUCGCUGCCACGAAGAGUAGCGUUAAGUCAAACAAGGCCGCUCGGAGGAAAGCAUCAGACGCCAGUAUCGCGUCCGACGAUCUGAGCAAAGACUCGGGCAAAGAGUCCGGCAAACUCUCGGCCACUGAUAGCAGCUCCGAGCUCUCCGACUGCGCCUCAGAGGAAAACAAGCUGUCCACGGACGCGCUGAGCAGCGAUACCGAAAGCAGCAGCCGUGGCGGGGCUGAGAGUGAACACGCGGCCGCUGGACAGAGCAGCGCUCGCGGGGAGAGUGAGGGACAGCGGUGCACGUUGGGAGGAUACGCCGGGCAGGAAAGCACUACUCCGGGGGACGAGCGCUCCCUCACCUCGCUCGACAGCCGGAUGCCAGCUAGCACAUCUCUGGCCUUCUCUGAUCUUAACGAGGAGCUAACAGAUGGCAUGCACGAGGAAUAUCUCCGAGAAAUCGAAGAACUGCGGUCUGAAAACGACUAUUUAAAGGAUGAGGUUGAGGAGCUACGCUCAGAGAUGCUGGAGAUGAGGGACAUGUACAUGGAGGAGGAUGUGUACCAGCUCCAGGAACUUAGGCAGCAACUGGAGCAGGCCAACAAGACAUGUCGUAUCCUGCAGUACCGACUACGCAAGGCCGAGAGACGCAGCCUGCGUGUGGCUCAAACCGGCCAGGUGGACGGUGAGCUCAUCCGUACCCUGGAGCAAGAUGUUAAGGUGGCCAAGGACGUGUCCAUCCGCUUGCACAAUGAGCUGGACGCAGUGGAGAAGAAGAGGAGUCGUCUAGAGCAGGAGAAUGAGGUGCUGCAAGUGAAGCUCCAGGACCUGGAGGUGGCCAAGCAGGUUCUGCAGGCUGAGCUGGAGAAGAGCCGAGAGAAUUCUCUUAAAAAGCGAGGUGCAAGGCCAAACAACAAACCUGAGAAGAAGAUGUCACCACAGCCUCCAGAGGAUAGUUCUGACCUGAAGUGCCAGCUCCAUUUUGCCAAGGAGGAGUCAGCACUUAUGUGCAAGAAACUCACCAAGAUGGUGAAAGACAAUGAGGUGAUGAAGGAGGAACUGACCAAAUACCGUUCACUCUAUGGUGACAUGGAUACCUCACUGACCAUGGAUGAGGUGGCUGACUCGCCCCACAUGCGUGAAGCCGAAGUCCGAAUUCACUUGAAGUUGGUUGAGGAGGAAGCUAACUUGCUGAGUCGACGGAUAGUGGAGCUAGAGGUUGAGAAUCGUGGUCUCCGGGCUGAAAUGGAUGACAUGAAGAUUCAGGAGACUCCCGGAGGUCUUGCAGUUGCGACAGGAGUUGGGCAGCUGCUAAUUUCACCUUCAGCUGAUAAUGUUAUGGAGCUGCAGCGGCAUCUGCAGUUUGUAGAAGAAGAAGCGGAUCUGCUGAGAAGGUCACUGAUUGAAAUGGAGGAGCAGAACAAGCUUCUAAUGAAUGAACUUAAUCGAUACAAGUCAGAACUUCCUACUGAUUCUGAUUUUGAGUCCUUGUCACCCUCUACCAUCCUUCCUCCAUCCAUCACUCCUGGAGUGGCAACUUCUGAAGAAGGGGCUCUAAAUGAGGCAUCCCAAGAAGAGCUCCUGGCAGCCAGGCUUCAAAUCAGUGACCUGAGCAGUAAGGUAAAGAAGCUCCAGUAUGAGAACCGCAUUUUGCUGUCCAACCUCCAACGCUGUGACCUGGCUUCCAGACAUGUGGACAUUCGGCCUUCCCUGGAGACUGAUGCAGAGGCAGGGGACUCAGCUGAGUGCGUGCCUAGCCCAGAACACCCAAUGGAUGGUGAAGAGAACCAGCCUCUGGAGGACAAGGGCGAGAUGGUGACAGGAAACAACCAUUCUCUUUCUGAUCAGUGCCUCAGCAUCAAAGAACUCUUGGCCAUCCGUGACCAGGCCCAAUUAAUUACCUCAGCAAUCCAGCUCCUUAUGUCUGCUGAUUCCAGCUGUCUUCUAGCUGUCUCAUCAGACACAAUCUUACAUAAAAUCACAGCUAGGGAACCUGGAGAAGCUGGAUUCCUGGAGAAGAACCAAGUUCAGAGUUCUAAUCUGUCUCUAGUUGAGGCCCUUCACAGUAGGCUUCAGUCUCUGCAGGCCCAGCUGCAGGCUCUCAGUCAGAGGAUCGAGGUCCUGGGAGAAUCCCCUGAGAAUAAGCUGUCAUCUGUGGCUCUAGUCUCUCAGUCAGCUGAGCCCUGCCCUAUAGAUUCUCAGGUCAAUCAGAUCACAGUUCAACAGAAGCCCAACAUUAGGGACCAAGCAGAUGUCAAAGGUCAAGAUGUCGAAGCUGAUGAGAGCAACAGCAAUACCGACAGCAACAAAGACCAUGUGACAGACUUGUCGGAGACCAACUGUGCACUGCUUCUGGAGCAGGUUCGUGAACUUCAGGCUCAGCUGUGUGAGGCAGAGGAGAAGGCUGAGAAAACUCAGGAGGCACUGGCACUGGAAAAUCAAGCUCACCUUGAAUACACACAAUCCUGCUCCCAGAAACUCUCUCAGCUGCAGGAAGAGCACAAGAAGGUCUUGGUGCGACAGGAUUUCCAGCUGCAGAGCAUGAGCCUGCAAACACGGCUGCAGCAGAAGUUCUGGAGCCAGGAGAGGAAUGUCUUGGUGCAGGAGUCCCAGCAGUUGAAGCAGAUCCUUCUGCUGGUCAGCCUCAAGCUACGGUGGCUUCUCAAACAGUGGAGGCUUGGCAAGAAGUUUGACGCAGAGGACAAGAACUUGUUGCAGAUGAACAGCAUUAAGGAGUUUCACCACCCUCUGGAGGAUGAUGGCCUUGCCCCUCUCCAUGGAGACAAUAAGAUGGCAGCCACCAAGGAACAGCCACCAAGUCCCACAAACAAAGAUUGCAGCCUUCCCGAGAAUAACCUUCAGCAGGCUAGUGGUUUGAGUGCGACUUUGUCUGACCUGAAGGUGGCUCUGCAAGAUCUGAGCACCGAGCUGCGAGAGGAGCGUCAGAGCUCCCAGGAACUAACACAGCAGUUUGCCCGAGCUAAGGCCUCCUGGGAGGUGGAGCGCACUGAGCUCAAAAGCCUCAUCACCCAGCUGGAGGGGAAGGCAGGGAAGAUGUCUGCAGCUGGUAAUGACAUGGAUCCUCCAGAUCUGAAGGGAGCUUUGAAGAGGGAGCGCGAGGAAAACCAGCACCUGCUGGCAGACUCAUAUGCUGCAGUGAUGGAUCUGACCAAGCAGUUACAGAUUACCGAGAGAAACUGGAGCCGGGAGAAGCUGGAGCUUCUUGAACAUUUCAAUCAGGAGAGAAACCAGUGGGAGCAGAGGCUCCAUGAUGCCCAGAGCAAGAGCACACAGUCUCUUAAUUGCAAUGGAAUAUCCACAGAUGCACCCACAAAUGAAACAACUUUGCAGAGAACCAAACCGAUUUCCUCUUUGUCAGACCUCGAGAGUUUGCUGGAUGUCGCUUCUUUCCUUCCACAUAAUGAGGUCAAUGGAAUCGCUGAGGGGAAGGCUGGGAAGCACCAGUUUAAUGACCUUGUAACCCGCAAAGAUCUGAGUGGCCUCAAUCAGAAGAACUGGAAGUAUCUGAGUAGCGAGUCAGCUUCUCUGGAGAAGACUGAGCCCUUUAAAACCUGGGACUGCCCCAGCACGAGCUUUCCAGAGCUACAACUGAGUGUGGAGCAUGUGCAAAGGAGUUACACUGCCCCAGACAAAACAGGCAUCCGAAUAUACUACAGCCCUCCAGCUGUCAGGAGGAUGGAAAGGAAGGUCAAGGAUCUGAGCUUAAAUGAUACCCAGCUGGGACUCAGAUUUUUCAGUGCGACUAACUCUGAUCAAGCGGUACCGCCUCAACCAACACAAACUUCAUCAUCACAGUUGUCAUCCUCAUAUGAGCAGUGGCUAAGCUCAUUAUCCCAGCAGCACAGGGACCUACUGGAGGGCAGGACGGGAAGCUCUGGGGCCCUCCACACACUUGAGAUUUCUGCAAAUCUGAGUGAUGACAUGAAGGAGAUGACCAAUUGUGUGCGGCAGGCUAUUCGUUCCAGCUCUCUUGAGAGGAAAUGCAGCAAAGAUACAGGAAGUCAGACUGUGGGCUUCACCAGCACUGGAACACAGACAGCUAAGUUUGUCAGUGUGGGCUUGCAGACAGAGAGUCCAGCCUCCUCAGCCUCCAGAGGGGCAGGAUUUCAUGGUAAGGUGUGGUCUCCACGCCCAUCCACCUCGCUCACUUCUGCACGAUCCCGCCAGAUCUCCUCGUCACUGGAGAAGGUGCACGGCCGCAUCGAUCGACCCUGCUGCUCACCAAAAUACGGCUCACCCAAGCUCACAAGAAGGGUCUCUGCUUCAUCCUCAUCCUCCAAGCUGGAGACAUCUUCUACCUCCUCAAGAGAUCGGAGCAUAUGGAAUCUGCCAAACCGUAGCAUCGCCCAGAGCGGAUCUGCAUGGGCUCGGUCCACCACGACCCGUGACAGUCCCGUACUCAGUGGCCUCAAUGAUGGUCUGUCCAGCCUCUUCAGUGUUGUGGAACACACCUCCAGCAUGGAGUCACUCUGGAGGGGUGACACAUGCCCUGGAAGGCAAGCUGCAGGCAAGCCCUCUUGCCCCAGUGUUGGCAUUAGCCUUGGUGAGUCCAGCACUCAGAAGUACGGCAUUGUGCAGGAGUUCUUUCAAAAUGUGUGUGGACGGACAUUGCCAGGAGAGAAGACUGCAACCAUAGAUGAGCCCAAGCCUGAGUGUCUCACUGGUGCCCUGAUGGGAACAGACAGCGUCACUAAGAUCGUCAAUAAGAGGUUCAUGAGACAGACAUUGCGGGAUGAUGCAGUAGUCAGUGAGAAGGAGUCUCAUUCAAGUGCCAGUAGUCCAGAGGAUUCAUCUUGUGACUGCAAAUCACAGUCCCUCACCUCUUGUUUUGCUCGCUCCUCCCGCUCCACUGUUCGGCACACCCACAGUCAGUGCAAGCACCGCAUACAGGAGACUGCCUUGGGAAAUGACGAGAGAUUGGAUGUCAGCACUGAGUGAUGGAAAAGAGGGCAUGACUUCUAUCACUGCUUUAAGACAAACACAUGCAGAUACUGCCUCACACAUACUACCACAUAAAUGCACUGCCAUGUAUAAACUUGCACAUAAACAAACACAAAGCCACAGUAGAAUACAUCAGGACAUUUCCAAGAACCAGUGAUUAGCAAAUGGAUUGAUGCCAAGGAAUAUCACUCAGCUAGCCUGACCUCCGUUUUGAGGUCACUAGUCUGUAUCCAACCAGUAGGACAGCUCAACUCUGCCAUCUUAAUGAACAGGCCUUUGGACAAACAUGAGGGAUCACUCUUCUGUGAAUAAUAGGGGUUGAUUUGCAGAGUAACAAGUAGAAUGAAAACAUGUAGAAUUAAGUUGCCUGACAAAAAAGACAGUGAUUUUUUGUGCAUUACACUGCUCAAAUCCCAGUUGGAUUUGAUGGAUUUAGAGAUUUACUUUCGAAAGAUUUAGGUAAUUAAGGCCUCAAACAGACAUCUACAGGUUUUAUUUUCAUCCCCAUAAUCACAAACAAAAAUGGUUCCAUGGUGUAAAUCUCACAGUUCAUCAUUCUCAUUCAUGCUGCACUGGGGAGCUUCUUUAAAAGCAUUAUUUUGUAUUAUUGCUAUAUUACUGUAAAAUGACUAUGAUAUGUGUGACAGACUGAACAUGCUUAUUCAGAACACAUGAUCAAGUUAGUUUUAGUGUUUAUUUCGGACUAGUAUGGAAGGCACAGGUUAGCCAGGAUUUUCUAAGAUGGCAUUUUUAUAAACGGGGGUAGUUGAAAAUCUGUGUAUGUACCUCCUCAUUGUGAUUACCCAAGAAUGUCAUUGAUUAAGAUCUCUGUUCUAUCCAUCAUCCCUUUCUUCUCACAAGACUAGAGUCUUAGAGUUUGUCAAUCAGCAUUAACUUUUAUGAAGCCAUGACAGGAGUUUAUUAUUGGCAGAUGUACAUUUUAAUUAUUGGACACACUAUUUUCCCACUUUAAACUAUGUAUUUAUAACUGCCUAAGAUUAGAAUGGUGCUAUACAAAUUAAAAUCUUUAUCAUAUUUUAUGUGAUUUGCAGAGCAGUGACAUUUCAGUCUUUAGCUGAAUGUGUAUGAUUGCUAGUGAUAAAAUAUUUAAUAUGUAAUAUUUAAUCUAGUUGACUGGUAGAUGAUGCAGUCAGCAUUAAACACUGUAUGGGGUGUAGAAUGAUAACCUUGAAAAAAAUGCAGACUUUUCGCUGCUAUCAGACCGCUUUCUAUACACCCACACACUUUUGCUCUAUCCCACUACUUGUUCACACAUAUACACACACACAUACACAAAGUGUACAGAGCCUCUCUAAAUGGCAAGCCAUGAUGGUCAGGCUCCUUUGUAUGUCAGCCACUUUCUGCCUCAGCUCUUUAAUAAAAAGGGCAUUAACAGUGAGUCACAUUUCUUCAUUGCCAUUAAAUAUGGUACUGUCCACAGCAUCUGCCAUAAAAUGUCAUUACCAGUCUGUCAAUACUUCAAGACACCUCUUGCGUUAUACCUCUCGCUGCUACCUCUUUUCUGCAGUUCAGUCUUACUACUCCAAAUUCGUUCCUUUUUUGUUUUGAAGGUCUCAAGUGUGCCUUUUUAUCAUUUAGAAGAAUUUAAGAUGUUGCAUUCAGUAUUAGACAGUGAGGAGCUGCAUGCAAUGAGAGCACUGGUCAAAUUUGCAGGGGACUCAGUAAAUGCCCAUAUUUCAUUCUUAUCUUAAAGCCCAGUAUAUGCUCCAAAAUCUACUGUGGUAGCAGCCAUGACGCAUCGAACAAUUCCCAGCAGUGAACUACUCAGAUUUUGGUCAUUGAACAUUUAGUCAUAACUAAUCAUUGCAGCCACAAGACACUUCGGCAUCACACUUGUCUAAGGCUGGCAUUUGCCGUAGAGGAAAAUUUCAUACCUGACAUUUGGGUGGUUUUCACACUGGGCACGUUUGCUGCAGUCUGAAUCCGAGUGUGAUUGUUCCUGGUGCCCCCCACGGCGUUAGUCUGGACUCACAAUAUUUUAUUUAUUUAUUUAUUUAUUAUUUUGGUGUUAUUAUGCACAGCAGAUAUUAUGCGCAGCAGUGGACCUCUUCUGUGUCCCACAGCGUUCCCCUGUCACUCAUGGUACAUGCGUGUUGUGGAAACUGAUGAUGUCAUCAUCAGCUAAAAUGCAGGUUACCUUAGUUCCUGAACAUGUGCAAACCUGAGUAUGAGUUGCGCUCAUAUUCAUGAGAAUCGUGGCACAGUUCCAGUGCAACCAAAACCAGGCCACCUCCUACAGGUAUUCUCGGGUUUGGUACCGCGGUGCGGUUCCUGGUCCGCAUGACAGCUUUCACAUUACCAAUUUUUCAUUCAAACCGUGCUCUGUUUCUGACUAAACUACCAGUGUGAAAGCUGCCUUAGUACUCUUUGCCUCAAUGUAUAUUGUGUAUGUUGUUGAGCUUGUUCUAAAUGAUCCCUAAAAAUGCACAUAGGCUCAUGGGAACUCCAGCCAAGUGCUUUAAAACCUUAUCUACAAAUCUAAAGGACCAAGUUCCAAUAGUGUAGUUUCAGUAAAUUACUUCCAAACAAUUACACAAAUUGUCCAGGUUCUUGGAGAACCUGAUUCAUCUCAUAAACAAGCCCUUACUCAUCUUCCCUUAUCAUUCCACAUCCACCUCCCAUAACAUCUAGCAAUACUUAAACGACAUAGUAGCUUAAUACCAUUUGCUAAAUUAUUGAGAAUGCUUGUAUAUUUCGUUUUUUCCCCUUUUUUAAAAAAACAUUUAUUAAAUAAAUUACUGAGUCAAACAAUCUUUAAUAUUGUAACUUUAAACAUACUGUACAUAUGCAAUUUAUAUUCUUUCUAUCUUAGUCUAGAAAAACUCCAGAAUGUCUCCGCUGAAGUGGCUUGACCUUCAGAGCUCAUAUCCUCUCCUUCAAGAAAAUAAGAACCUUUCUGUGUAAAUAGCUCCAUUCUGGGUAAGAGAAUAUGCCACAAUAAAACUGGCUGAAAUUGUUUUUGUCUGGGGAAAGAUUGGCUUGGUUGUUGCCUCAAAUAAAUCUUUCCUGGUUGUUAAAAUUCACAAAUAAAUGUCACAAAAAAAAGUCUCA